UGGAAAAGAACAGGCAGCCUCAAUCCCAGUCAGACAGAGAAACCAACAGACAGAACAGGAUGAAUUUCUGGGAUCUCCUGCUGGUGGUCUGGAGCACUUGCUUCUUCAGUCUGCCCAGUGAUGCUUUACAACGGAUUGUCCUCAAGAAAAUGCCUUCAAUACAGGAAAAUAUGAAGCUCAAAGGCAAGGAUCUGGGGAAAUUCAACAUGGAGUGGCUCUCAUAUACCAAGCAGCUGACCCUGUUUAAUGUAAUGUCCCCUGUUAGGCUCACCAAUUUUGAGGAUACCCAGUAUUAUGGUGAGAUCAGUAUCGGCAACCCAUCCCAGACCUUCCAGGUUGUUUUUGACACGGGCUCUGCUGACUUUUGGGUGCCCUCCAGCAAAUGUAGCCCACUCUACACAGCAUGUGUGUUCCACCAUCAAUACGACUCCACCAAAUCUUCCACCUACAAAGAGAAUGGGACCGAAUUCAAAAUCCAGUAUGCAUCAGGCCAAGUCAUGGGCUUCCUGAGCGAGGAUACAGUGACUGUUGGUGGGAUCAAAAUGACCCAGUCAUUUGGUGAGGUGACAGUGCUGCCCCUGUUGCCCUUUGGACUGGCCAAGUUUGAUGGUGUCCUGGGUCUGGGUUUCCCUGCCCUAUCAAUGAGCAAAAUCGUUCCUUUCUUUGACAACAUAAUCUCCCAAGGGAUGCUGAAAAAAGAAGUCUUCUCUGUCUACUACAGCAGGAAUUCUCAUGUGCCCGGUGGAGAGAUUAUACUAGGAGGUAGCGACCCCAAGUAUUACCGCGGGACUUUCCACUACAUCAACAUCAGCCAUCCAGGCUUCUGGCAGAUCCAAAUGAACGGGGUUUCUGUCGAAUCCAAUGUGUUGGCCUGCCAGGAUGGUUGCAUAGCAUCUGUGGACACUGGAGCUUCCUUCAUCACAGGUCCAACCAGCUCCAUGAGGAAAGUGAUGAAGAUGCUGGGAGUUAAGGAAGAUGGAGACCAGUAUCUUGUACAAUGUGACCUGGCAUCCAUGCUCCCAGAUAUCUCCUUCUCCCUGGACGGCAAGCCCUUCACACUCCACAGUUCUGACUAUGUUUUAGAGGAUUUGAAGAGCGAUGAUAAUUUUUGCUUGCUAGCCUUCCGAGGCCUGGAUAUACCACCCCCCACAGGACCUCUAUGGAUUCUGGGAGCAACCUUCAUCCGAAAAUUCUACACUGAAUUUGACCGGCACAAUAAUCGCAUUGGUUUUGCUGUGGCAGUCCAACCUGUUCCUGGUCAGGGGGCCAAAAGACAGAGGGAGAUGCUGCCUGGGGCCUAGCCUGCAUCCCUCUUGAAUACUAUUUUCUCCCUGUUGGGUUUGAUUGUGAGGCAAGUUCCUCCAUCUUGCUCUCUGCCUCUCUAUUCCUCCAGGCCACUGUUAACCUUCUGCUUUAAUUGAGAAUAGAAUAAAGUUUCAAUGCUCAAAACUGGUACUGUGUAUGAAAUGAGAAUGAGGUUUAGCAGGAACUGGGAAGAGAAGUACCACUACCCAUGUAGAACAUAAGACAAUGAUCAGGAUGAACUCUUAGACAAAUUCACAUAGGCUCAUAAACCCUGACAUCCAAAUGGACACAUGUAUCACCAUUUGUUAUAUAAUUGUAAUAGCUUCUUAAUUGCAGGACUUCCCCUUCUCUAUCUGGAAGAUGUGUCAUUUGAAAUGAUUUUUUCCAGCAGUGAGGAGGUAUUUUCCUUGUUUCAUGAGUUGUCAUGGCUAAAAAAAUGGGCAGUCUACUGGUGAUGAGCCUCUCCGCACUUAACUAGAUUCAGUCUUUGAAAAGCAGACUCUAUUUGUUGCUAAGCUCUAACCUGGUUCCCUUUGCAACCAAGGGCAAGCAUUUGAAAACCAACUGGUCCAAGCAAAGGGUAUAACCAGUGAUUGGCCUGUGUAGCAGGAAAAAGCUUAUUGGCUCAUACAGGGAUUAUCCAUGACCUUGAGGCUCAAUAAAGUUCUCCCUGAGCUCAUCAAUUCCAGAUGCGAAUGUAUGAAUAUACGAAUACAGGUACUCAGAAUCAGAGACAUCCAUAUUUAAAUACAAAGACACACAUGUAUCUUACAUGAUAUACAAUGUACCCAUGUGAAUUCCUAACAUACAAAGGACACCAACACAUAAGAAUAACAUAAAUGCAUGUACAGAAUUGGAGACUCUCAAGAGACUUCAGAAAUGA